CUCACAUGGAUUUGCAGACAGCGCAGUAACAGACUGAACAGUACUGGAGAGCUAAGAGGAAGACUCUGACCACAAGAUAACAAAGAAAAUUAACAGAGAAGUCUACAAACACCUCGGAGCAGCGUUUUUCUCUUCAUCCAGCCAGCAAAAGAUUUCAGAUAAGUGCAAUGGCGACACCCAAAAACACUCCCCGAGGUGCAAACACACCACUAUCCCCCAACCGCAUCACCCGGCUCCAGGAGAAGGAGGACCUGUCCAACCUGAACGAUCGUCUGGCCGUCUACAUCGACAAGGUGCGCUUUCUGGAGGCGGAGAACUCCGGUCUGCGUCUGCGCAUCACCGAGUCGGAGACCGAGGUCAGCCGGGAGCUGACGGGCCUGAAGGCCGCGUAUGAGACCGAGCUGGCCGAUGCCCGCCAGACUCUGGACUCCGUGGCCAAAGAGCGAGCACGCCUGCAGCUGGAGCUGGGCAAGCUGCGAGAGGACUACAAGGAGCUGAAAGCAAGGAACAGCAAAAAGGAGUCGGACUUGGCUGGAGCGCUGCAGAGGCUCAAAGACCUGGAGGCUCUGCUCAAUUCCAAGGAUGCGUCCUUGACCACGGCUCUGGGAGAAAAGCGCAACCUCGAAGUGGAAAACAGGGACCUGAAGACGCAGGUUGCCAAGCUGGACACCAGUUUGGGCGAUGCCAGGAAGCAGCUGCAGGAUGAGAUGCUGAGGAGGGUGGACGGAGAGAAUCGCAUCCAGACACUCAAAGAGGAGCUGGAGUUUCAGAAAAACCUCCACUCUGAGGAACUGCGGGAGAUAAAGCGGCGCCAUGAGUCUCGUAUGGUUGAGCUGGACAAUGGCCACCAGCAGGACUUUGAAAGCAAGCUGGCGGAGGCGCUGGUGGAGAUGCGCAACCAGCACGAACUGCAGAUCAAAAUGUACAAGGAUGAGAUUGAGAAGGCCUAUAAUGCCAAGCUGGAAAAUGCUCGUCAGUCAGCGGACAGGAGCAGCCACCUGGUUGGAGCGGCGCACGAGGAGCUCCAGCAGACACGAAUCCGCCUGGAGUCCAUGUCCGCUCAGCUCAGCCAGCUGCAGAAACAGCUGGCGGCCCGCGAGGCGAAGGUGCGGGACCUGGAGGACGCCCUGUCUCGGGAGCGGGACACCACCCGUCGCCUGCUGGGGGAGAAGGAGAGAGAAAUGGCCGAGAUGAGGCAGCAAAUGCAGCAGCAGCUGGACGAGUACCAGGAGCUCCUGGACAUCAAGCUGGCUCUGGAUAUGGAGAUUUGUGCUUACAGGAAGCUGCUGGAGGGAGAGGAGCAGAGGCUGCGUCUGUCCCCCAGCCCCCCACCCACCAAAGUGACAGGAAGUCGCUCCUCCGCUUCAGCAGCUCACUCUCGAUCAAUCAACUACAGCAGUCAGAGCUCUCCAGCCAAGAGGCGCCGCCCCAACGACACCGACAGCGAGGCCUCGAGCUUUGCAGGUGGAGCUGUGGCCCGCACUCGCAUCACCCAGCAGGCCUCAGCCAGCGGACGGGUCACCGUGGACGAGGUGGACCUGGAUGGGAAAUAUGUCAGACUCAGCAACAAAGCAGAUGAGGAUCAAAACUUGGGGAACUGGCAGGUGAAGCGCCAGGCGGGAUCAGGUGUUCCCAUCGUCUUUAAGUUCCCGGUGAAAUUCACCUUGAAGGCCGGCCAGAGGGUCACGAUCUGGGCCUCUGGUGCUGGCGGAAUCCACAGUCCCCCAUCUGACCUGGUCUGGAAGACUCAGCCCUCUUGGGGCACUGGAGACCUGUUGCAGACCACCCUGAUCAGUGCCAACGGAGAGGAAAUGGCAAUGAGGAAGGUCACCCGCACACAGCUUGAAGAAGAAGAUGAUGACAUGGUGGCCCACAGCACCUGUGGGGACAGCGAGUACAACCUGCGGAGCCGGACGGUGGUCUGCGGCUCCUGCGGACUUCCCUCGGACAAAUCCAGCAACUGUUCCGUGACCUCGGCCUCCCGCUCCUUCCGUAGCGGAGGCAUCUCCGAGGGUUUACUGCCGCACUCCUACGUGUUCAGCAGCAGCACUCCUCGCAAGGCUGGAACCAGGAUGGAGAGCUGCCCGAUUAUGUGAGGCCCUGGAGCUGCGCUGAACCACUUCAACUCUUCACUUAGUUUUCAGUUAGUAGUCCUUUAGUUACCAGCUGUAGUUAUGAAGUUAAGUUCAUGUACUUUGGAAUCAUUUUCAAGAUAUUGGUAUGCAAUAAAACUUUAUACUGCCUUUUUUUUAAUAAUGUACAUAGGCAUGCUUAUGAAAUAUUUUCUUGAAUUCAUUGUGAUUAAAGCAGCAGCUUUAGUUUGGAUCUGUGACAUUAAGGGUUGGAAAUGUCUUCCAGGCUUUCAUUGAGCAGUAAAUCAUGAGUCUACCAGCUUUCUUAACAGCUUAAAACAACUGUUUAGGCUAAUUUAUUCUAAAAAAGUUGGUGAUAUCCACAACUGCUGUUGCUGGUAGAUGAAAUCAUACUUUUUGUGCUAUUCAUAUCUCAGUUAAAUCUGAUUUGCUUUACUCUCUGUAAACAUACUGAUGCAGCAGGGUUAGAGUAAAUCCAUUUUUGUUCACCUAUUUUGAAAACUACAUUCAUUUUUCAACAGAAUUCAUAUCUGGAGUUAAAUAAAUUGACCCUAACCUCAGUACAGAUCCAAAGAAUGUGUAUUUUUUACUG